AUGGUGAGUGGUGCACACAGGUACAGCCACAGCAAUCACAUGCUCACACCCGUACAGCCUACACCCGCAGACAUCCGGCGGAGAAACGCGCAGUUCGAGCACAAGAACAAGACGGGGACGGGGAAAGCAGCCAAGCCAGUGCGGGAGAAUUCUUCCACGUCUUUGUGGCUCGUAGCCUUUUUCGUGCUGCUCUUAGGCGGCGGACUGGUGUUUGAGCUGCUGAGGCUCUUCUUCUGA